AUGAAAGUGAACCAGAAUAAUUCGGAGAAAAAUUUCUGGGAUCAGAUUAGAAUCCCAUCCGGGGCACCCAUUUCCAUGUCGGGCUCGCAGGGUAAAUCCUUGCCCAAGCUUAUGGUGUGGCUGAUAUGGUUCGUUUCAGCCACUUAUGUAGUGUACACAUUAAAGCUCCUUUCCUCUUCUCCGAGUUGCGAUGAAGAUAUUUUCCUCUCUCGCAGCAAUAGCAUUGCCCUUCAGAAGAACGACACGGCUGCGAUAAUAUCAUCGAUGAUAUCCCCUCCCCAAUUGGGCGAAGAAAACGAUGAGAAAACGGGUUUGAAACACAUAGUUUUUGGCAUUGCAGCAUCGGCCAAGCUGUGGCAAAAGCGAAAGGAGUACAUAAAGUUAUGGUGGAAGCCUGAAAGGAAAAUGAGGGGUAUUGUUUGGCUCGAUAGCCAUGUAAGAACUUAUAGAAAUGAAUCAGGGAGCCUCCCACAAUUGAGAAUAUCAGGGAACACAUCGAGAUUCUCUUACAAGAACAAGCAGGGACACCGGUCAGCGAUUCGGAUUUCUCGGAUAGUAUCGGAGACUCUAAGGUUGGGGAUGGAGAAUGUAAGAUGGUUUGUAAUGGGAGAUGAUGAUACAGUGUUUGCAACAGAUAAUUUGGUGAGGAUUUUGAACAAAUAUGAUCACAAUCAGUAUUAUUACAUUGGGAGUUCGAGUGAAAGUCAUUUGCAGAAUAUUUAUUUUUCUUAUAGAAUGGCUUAUGGUGGUGGGGGUUUUGCUAUAAGCUACCCUUUGGCUAAAGCCCUUGAGAAAAUGCAAGAUAGGUGCAUUCAGAGGUACCCUGGAUUAUAUGGUUCUGACGAUAGAAUGCAGGCUUGUAUGGCUGAACUCGGUGUCCCACUCACUAAAGAACUCGGUUUUCACCAGUACGACGUGUAUGGAAACCUGUUUGGUCUUUUAGCAGCACACCCUGUCACACCAUUAGUGUCUUUGCACCACCUUGAUGUGGUGGAGCCGAUCUUUCCCAAUGUUACUCGAGUGCAAGCUCUACAGCGUUUGAAAAUUCCUAUGAGUCUUGAUUCAGCCGGUUUGAUGCAACAAUCCAUUUGCUAUGACGAAUCAAAUGGUUGGACAGUUUCCGUUUCUUGGGGGUUUGCUGUUCAAAUAUUUCGUGGGGUGCAUAGCGGGGCCCUCUACCUCUACGGAUCAAGAACUUUCUUGAAUUGGUACAGAAGAGCAGAUUACACGGCAUAUGCAUUCAACACAAGGCCAGUUAUGAGAAACCCGUGUCAAAAGCCAUUCGUGUUUUACAUGUCGAAAGCAAGAAUGAAUUAUCGUACAAAUAUAACGGUGAGCGAAUACACUCGCCAUAUAGUUCCUCAUCCAAAAUGCAGAUGGAAGAUGGCUAACCCGGCUGAAGUUGAUAAAGUGGAGGUUCUCAAGAAACCCGACCCAUUGCUCUGGAAUAGGUCUCCGAGGAGAAAUUGUUGCCGAGUCUUGGAAUCAAAGAGAAAAGGCAUGGUUAUUGAUGUGGGCGUAUGUAGGGAAGGUGAAAUCAGCAAAGUAUUAACAACGAAGACCUAA